AGUAUAUCCAAGCACAAUUCUAAAACGCGGAGUUAACAGGUGUUAUAAUUUUUGAGACUUUAUAGUUUCAAAAUACUUUAGUUUUACUUUUUAGAAGUUGAACUUCAUCCACUUUAAGCAGUUAAGUAACAGUUUACUAGCUCAAAAUCAAACCAAAGAGACUCAUGUUUGAGGACACUCUCUCUACAAUAAUCCAGGCUUCCUUUUUUCGACACUGUAUUUUCCUAACUAUUCACCCUAGGCAUAUGACAUCUAUGACAGCGAACAAAACUGCUUACAACCUAAAUAUCUAACAACAGUCUGAAGAACAGGUGCAACGCUAUUUAGAUGCAUGCUUUUUUCUGCUAAGCCUAAAUUUGCCCUGGAAAGAGAUUUAAAAAUAAACACAUACACCAAAAAGUUAAAUAACCUUAAUAAUCUUUUCAAAAAGAUGCAGCAAAUUGGAAAUCCAAGACAGGAGCAUAAAUUAUCAACGUCUUUCAAAAAAGUGAGGUGAGGUACCAAACGUUCACAUUACGAGGAAUGAAUCAGGUUCAACUAUGAAGGAGGACAUUUAACUUUGCUUCUCCUGCAUGAGUUAGUGACAUGAGACAACUACGUUUUACUUCAAACUAAUAUUCAAUCUUUUCUCAAUCGUUUCAUAAACACGGCACAUAGGAUCUCGUUUGGCCUUUUCUAAGAAAACAAGGGGACUUGUGGAGUGUAGGAAGAGGUCUAGCGAAGGGUACUCUAAUAAGAAAAUUUCAAAGUUGAAAGCGUUGAUGAGUCACUAAGGAAUAACUACAGAAUCCAAGCGAGUAAGGGCAGCAUCUCAGGUAGGAAGGUACUCAAAAGUUGACGGUGAGAAAUGAAAACUUCACAGGCCACCUGCAGCCACUGCGCUUGGUAGCAGCCCAGGGAACCAGCGUGGCUGUCAAGGGGCAAGUGCGUACCAAAUAGAGGGGAAGGGGGCAGAAAGGCCAAGUUUAAAGGGGGGUGGUCCGGGAAAUGGUGGUAAGAUGCCCACCCAGUCCCUCUCCUCUGGUUCUUCAUCUAAAGACGACCGAACAAAAGCAAACUCUGUGUCCAACAGCGCCAAACCGGACUCUCCCAGAGAGAGGUGCUCGGCCCCAAGCCCCGGAGGCCCGGGAAGGCCGCCUCCGGAGGAGCCCCCGCAGACGCCAUGCUAAAAGCCAAAAUGGCUGCCCCGAGGAAGCCCGCACCGCGUACCCAGUGAGGGCUGGGGAGCAAGAUUCUGCAGGAAAGGGGGAGGGGGACUCCAGAAAACGCCGCUGCCAGGACCAUCACCCCGGAGCAGCACAGUUUCCAGUUACGGCCCUCCCUUGCCAUAACUUUUGGACAGUAUUUGAGAAGAUACUGGCCAAGAGAAAAAAUGAUAAAAUUUUUCCUCAUGGUGAAUAAACAAGGGCAGACCCGACUUUCUAAGUACUACGAACAUGUGGAUAUUAAUAAGCGUACACUUCUGGAAACAGAGGUCAUAAAGAGCUGUCUCUCCCGAUCCAGUGAACAAUGCUCUUUCGUUGAGUAUAAGGAUUUUAAGCUGAUAUAUCGGCAGUAUGCAGCUCUCUUCAUUGUGGUUGGAGUUAAUGACACUGAGAAUGAGAUGGCUAUUUAUGAAUUCAUUCAUAACUUUGUGGAAGUUUUAGAUGAAUACUUCAGCCGAGUGAGUGAAUUAGAUAUAAUGUUUAAUUUAGAUAAAGUACACAUAAUUUUGGAUGAGAUGGUGUUAAACGGCUGCAUUGUGGAAACUAACCGGGCUAGAAUUCUUGCUCCUCUACUAAUUCUUGAUAAGAUGUCAGAAAGCUGAAAAGAAGGCUCUGCCAGACAGAUUUCAAACAGCGUGGAAUCCAUCUAAAAAUCUGUCACUCAAAGGAAUCUGGAAGACCACAACUGCAAAAUGGGGUGUCCUUCCAAAGACAUUAUAAAUAUGUGUUCUAUAGUUCCUAGAUGGAAAGUAAAACUGCAUUUAAAAAUAUGUACAAAGAAAAUUCUUCUCUGAGAGACAAGUUAUAUUUUCUAGCUGUAUUUUUCCCACUUCAAAUUUUCGGUACCUAAGGAACCUUUUUUGAUCUGAUUCCUUUUGCACAUUAAAUUCAAGAAUAGCAGGAUGGUGGUGAGAAAAAAGUUCUCUGUCAGCUAAUAAAAUCUCAAAAUUAAACA